UAUAUGUAGGAUAGAAGUUACCGGUUGUCAGAAGAUGCCCAUUAGCAUUUUCAGAAUUGCCUUUUGAAUAUCGAAGGUUCCUGGGUCAGUCCGAAGACAACAGUAGCUGAGCUGGAUUAACGCUGGAAUGUAGUCAGGGACUUGGAACACUUGGGAACUAUGCUUAGACAGAAAGGGAAAGAGCAGGAUAUGAUCCUUCUUCUGUGUCCGGGCUUUGGCCUCACACAGUAGGUGUAAUAUAAUCGCUGAGGUGGGCGUUCUGGAAGGAGAAUUAUUUUUGGAGGCUUUUGCAUGAAACUUGUCCAAUGAGUCUGAGACGCCCAAGCACCAUUAUUUUUGGAGGAAAAGGAUGGAGUAUUGCAUGCUGGGAACAAGUGCUUUCCAUAAGGUACAGGAGCAGCUCAUGAUGCCCCGUAAAGCUUUUCUUUCCCAGAAAGAAAAGCAGGCUCGUGCCAGGGAAAGGGAUAUGUUAAAAAAGAGGAGGAGGCGACAAGACUAUCUCAAAAGAAGCGUGGAGCCGCAGAGAAAUACAGAAACAAUAAAAUGGCACAGGGAUGAUGAGAAGAGGAGAGAAAAUGAGCAAGUUAAGGACAAAGAUAUCAAGAAGCGGUGGAGACAGGAUGAGAGAGAACGACGAAGGAAUGUGGACACUAUGAAUUGGCGCAGGGAAGAUGAGAAGAGGGAAAAUGAGCGAGAAACUAUGUUCCAACUUCCUGUCAACAACCUUGGCAGUUUAAGAAAGGCCCGGAAAACUGUGAAAAAAAUACUUAGUGACAUUGGUUUGGAAUACUGUAAAGAACAUAUAGAAGAUUUUAAGCAGUUUGAACCUAAUGACUUUUAUUUGAAAAACACUACAUGGGAAGAUGUAGGACUGUGGGACCCAUCGCUUACAAAAAAUCAGGACUAUCGGACAAAGCCCUUUUGCUGCAGUGCAUGUCCAUUUUCCUCGAAGUUCUUUUCCGCCUACAAAAGCCACUUCCGGAAUGUUCAUAGYGAAGACUUUGAAAAUAGGAUCCUUCUUAACUGUCCUUACUGUACUUUCAAUGCGGACAAAAAGACUUUGGAAACGCACAUUAAAAUAUUUCAUGCUCCAAAUGCCAAUACAGUGAGUGGAGGCAUCAGCACUUUUAAAGAUAAAAACAAACAUGAUAGCCUUAAACCUAAGCAGGCUGACAGUGUAGAACAAGCUGUUUAUUACUGUAAGAAGUGCACUUACCGAGAUCCUCUGUAUGAAAUAGUUAGGAAGCACAUUUACAGGGAACACUUUCAGCAUGUUGCUGCUCCUUAUGUAGCAAAGGGAGGUGAGAAGUCGCUCAAUGGUGCAGUUCCGUUAAGCUCCAGCGCCCGCGAGGAGGGUAGUAUCCACUGCAAGCGAUGCCUUUUCAUGCCGAAAUCAUACGAAGCUUUAGUGCAGCACGUUAUCGAAGACCACGAACGUAUAGGAUAUCAGGUAACAGCAAUGAUAGGUCACACUAAUGUAGUGGUUCCAAGAUCUAAACCUUUGAUGCUAAUAGCUCCAAAACCACAGGAUAAAAAGCCUAUGGGACUCCCGCAGAGGAUGGGUGCCCUUUCCCCUGGAAGUGUUCGGUCGCUUUCGUCACAGCAGAUGAUGAACAGACUCACUAUACCAAAGCCUACGUUAAACUCUGGAGUGAAUAUGAUGUCAAACGUUCACCUGCAACAAAAUAAUUAUGGAGUCAAAUCGGUGCCACCGAGUUACGUUGGUCAGCCAGGGGGAAGGCUGAACUUGAGCGGGAACGCGCCCGUUUCCAUUCCCCAGCAGUCCCAAACUAUGAAACAGUUUUCGAGUGGAAAYGGAAGGCCUUAUACCCUUGGAGGAGAACAGAGAUCACAGGCCUCAGCAAGAUACUCUCUGCAGUCUGGCAAUUCAUCUUCUCUCUCACCUGCUCAGUUGAAGCAAACAUCGUUAUCUCAGUCACAGGCAGCUUCAAGAGUAUUAGGUCAGUCUGGCUCAAAAUCUCCUGUAGCUGCUACAGGUCCUUCUACUGUCAAUACAUCCUCCACACAGAAGUGGAAAAUCUGUACGAUCUGUAAUGAGCUCUUUCCUGAAAAUGUGUAUAGUGUCCACUUCGAAAAGGAGCACAAGGCUGAAAAGGUGCCUGCAGUAGCUAAUUAUAUAAUGAAAAUACACAAUUUUACUAGCAAAUGUCUAUACUGUAAUCGCUAUUUACCUACUGACACGUUGCUUAAUCAUAUGUUAAUACAUGGUCUGUCUUGUCCGUACUGCCGUUCAACCUUCAACGAUGUUGAAAAGAUGGCUGCUCACAUGCGAAUGGUUCACGUCGAUGAAGAAAUGGGACCUAAAACUGAUUCCACGCUGACCUUCGAUUUGACGUUGCAGCAGGGGAGCCACACAAAUAUCCAUCUCCUUGUGACCACCUACAACCUGAGAGAUGCUCCUGCUGAAUCUGUAGCUUAUCACGCUCAGAAUACUCCCCCAGUUCCUCCAAAACCGCAGCCAAAAGUCCARGAGAAGUCUGAUGUACCUGUAAAAAGUUCUCCGCAAGCAGCAGUUCCCUACAAAAAAGAUGUGGGUAAAACUCUCUGUCCUCUGUGCUUUUCAAUCCUAAAAGGACCCAUCUCUGAUGCCCUUGCACAUCAUUUAAGGGAGCGGCAUCAAGUUAUUCAAACUGUUCACCCAGUUGAGAAAAAGCUGACUUACAAAUGCAUCCAUUGCCUUGGUGUAUAUACGAGUAACAUGACUGCCUCAACCAUCACGCUGCACCUCGUCCACUGCAGAGGCGUCGGCAAGACUCAGAACGGCCAAGAAAAAGGUAACUCCUCAUCUCGGCUCAACCAGUCGCCAGCUCUAGCCCCUCUGAAACGUUCCUACGAACACAUGGAAUUCUCGCUGAUGAAGAGAAGGAAAAUGGAUGACGACGACUCCCCCUCUGCCUUCGAGGAGAGGCCGGAAGAGCCGGUAGUUUUAGCUUUGGACCCCAAGGGUCACGAAGACGAUUCCUAUGAAGCCAGGAAAACAUUUCUUACAAAAUAUUUUAAUAAGCAACCAUAUCCCAGUAGGAGAGAAAUUGAAAAGCUGGCUGCCAGUUUGUGGCUAUGGAAAUCUGAYAUUGCUUCUCAUUUUAGCAACAAACGGAAGAAAUGUGUUAGAGAUUGUGAAAAAUAUAAGCCUGGUGUGCUGCUCGGUUUCAACAUGAAAGAAUUAAACAAAGUUAAACAUGAGAUGGAUUUUGAUGCCGAAUGGCUGUUUGAAAACCAUGAUGAAAAGAAUGCCAGAGUCAAUGUUAGUAAGACUGUUGAUAAAAAAAUAAACAUAGAGAAAGAUAAUGAAAGUUCCUCGGACAGCUAUGAGAACAUAGAAGAGGAAUACAAUGAAAGCAGUAGUCCAUUUGGUCAACAAAUUUCUGAGAGUGGUGGGAAAACCUCUUCUGAUGGCCUAGUAGAGAAUCCAGAAGACAGCAUAUCCAAGGAGACUGGGGAGGAAAAUACUUUACAGUCCCCAGAGAAGAGUGAUCAAAAACCAGAGGAAGGCUCUAAAUAUGAAGAGAUUAUUUCUGCUGAAGAACCAGCAAAACUGAUAGGUGAUGUUUCCGACAGUGAAGGUGAUCAGGAUGAUCAAGAUGAUGCUGUUGAAUGGAAAGAUGGAGCUUCACAAUCUGAAAGUGGGCCUGGUUCUCAGCAGGUUUCUGAUUAUGAAGAUAAUACAUCAGAAGUAAAGCCAGAAGUGUGGACAGAUGAAUCCUCCCAGAGCGAAGAUGCUGGCAGCAGUAAACAGCCUGUAGAAGCAAAAGGGGGUGGAUCUGAAAGUGAUGAAGAGCAGUCAAAGUGGAAGAAUCGUUCCUAUGGAAAAGUAGAAGAGUUUUGGUCCAAGGACCAGUCGCAAUGGAAAAAUGCAUCGGAGAUGGAGGAGAGCUUGUCGAAUCAGCAGAUGGAGUGGCAGAACAGCACAAUUGACAGCGAAGACGGAGAGCAGUUUGACGGCGUGGCGGGUGCGGUGGCAGAGCCCAUGCACGGCAGCCUCGCUGGGGUGGAGCUGAGCAGCCAGCAGGCGUGAGCGGUGCCCGCUGCCCGCACCCACCUGCGCCCAUGCCCACCCACCCGCCACCUGCCUGGCACUGGGACUGACUGUGGAGCUUCCAUCCCAUCCUGAGCGCUCCUGCCUCUGCGGGCCGGGCCGCGCUUGUGGCCGCUGCUACUCCCGGGGUCACUGCAGGAGGCUCUUGGCUAAUCUCGCUGGAGAAUAUCUGCCGGGAGGAGCACAGUAACUUAAUGUGAACACAGACAAGCUGGUGGCUCUAGAAUGCACACAAGGAGAAGCAGAGGUUUAUUUUAUCUGCAUUUUCAACAUUUAUUUCACUCUUGUACAUGUUCAGUUGUAUGUCUUUUUAAACAUUAUCCUUUUUCACAUGGUAGUAUAGGGCCAACAUACGAGCUACCAGUUCAACGUGUAUAGUAGACUAUGGGGAAAUUGAUUUUUUUCAUGUAUCAUUCUGAAUAGUUGAAAUGUAUAUUUGUACAGUCUUUUAGACCUAUUCAAGUGAAGCUUAUGAAAUUGUUCUUGUGUAUCCAUCAUAGAUUUGUUUCUCUUUUUUAGUGUUGCCCUGCUGUGUAAUAAAUGCUGUAUCUAGUUUACCUAGCAAAAGCUUGAAACUGCUAUAGUCUGAAUUUUGACAAACUUAGUUUUUGCACAUAACCUUGUACAAUCUCAAAACAGAGGCCAGCAACAUAAAAAAUAUAUCUGGACUCUAUUGUAUUAUAGAAUUUUCUUGUUCUGAAUAUCCUUGACAUUACAAUGGAUGACAAAUGUAUUUCAGAGCCAUUUUCUGAAAUCUUUUAAGCUAAAAAGAAAAAUCACAUGCAAGAAACAAAGUUUGCAGCUACUAAUUUUGACACCUUUUAGAUCUGUAUAAAAGUGUAUUGUGUUGAAGCAGCACACUGAAACAAAAGUGCUGUGUUUUGGAUAUUUAGUUUUAUCUUUAGUUAACACCAACAAGGUGUUUAUUCAUUUAUACCAUCUAAUAUAUGACACACUGUUGUAG